CCUCCUCCUCCUCAGUCUGGUCGCUCUCCGCGCUCCUCACCGCGCAGCUCUUCUAAUCCUUCUGCUCAAACUCCGGUGCGGACCAAAAAAAAAAAAACAACAAAACAAAAACUGCAACAUUCCCGAGGACAACUUUCUAUUCGCCACCGGAACGCAUCAUUCCCGCCGGCCAGAAGAAGCACUUGGAGAACACCUGGGCAGCGUGACUUCCUGGUUAUAUCACUUUUCUUGCACUUGAGCGACUUUGGCCCCCGGACCUACAUCGGGCUUCCGUCUCUUUUAUUGUGUGUGUUUUUUUUGUAAUACCAACGACCAAAGUAAAGUAUCUUAUUGUCGCGUCAUUCUAAUAUAGAACAAAGCAGGACGCCGUAGCUCGUUUUUAAAGAAGAAGACGCGAAAAAGAAGCUGUAUUUGUCCUCAACGCGCAGUCCCGCUUUUAGCGAGUAAAGCAGUUGACGAUGGCAGGUCUGACCUCUCUGGACGCCGUGAAGAGGAAGAUUCAGUGUUUGCAGCAGCAGGCCGACGACGCGGAGGACCGAGCUCAGGUCCUGCAGAGAGAGCUGGACAGUGAGCGGGAGCUCCGGGAGAAAGCGGAGGGCGAUGUAGCCGGUCUGAACCGUAGGAUCCAGCUGGUGGAGGAGGAGUUGGACCGAGCCCAAGAGAGGCUGACCACAGCACUGCAGAAGCUGGAGGAGGCUGAGAAGGCCGCUGAUGAGAGCGAGAGAGGGAUGAAGGUGAUUGAGAACCGAGCCAUGAAGGACGAGGAAAAGAUGGAGAUCCAGGAGAUGCAGCUGAAGGAGGCUAAACACAUUGCCGAGGAGGCCGACCGUAAAUACGAGGAGGUCGCCCGUAAGCUGGUGAUCCUGGAGGGAGAGCUGGAGAGAGCCGAGGAGAGGGCCGAGCUCUCAGAAUGUAAAGCCGCAGACCUGGAGGAGGAGCUGAAAAACGUGACCAACAACCUGAAGUCCUUAGAAGCCCAGUCUGAAAAGUACUCCGAAAAAGAAGACAAGUACGAGGAGGAGAUCAAAGUUCUGACCGACAAACUGAAGGAGGCUGAAACCCGUGCAGAGUUUGCAGAGAGGAGCGUGGCCAAACUGGAAAAGUCCAUCGACGACCUGGAAGAAAAAUUAGCAAAAGCCAAAGAGGAGAAUCUGAGUAUGCAUCAAGUCCUGGACCAGACCCUGCAGGAACUGAACAGCUUAUAAAAACACGGAGAGGACGCUGGAGAGGAUGAGAUCGUCAUGUAACAUUCCUUUUAAUGUUCGACUCCAUUCCACAUUUCGACCUGUAAAAUCUUUAUUCGCAGUGUGAAGGGGGAUUAACUUAAUGCUUGUCCUUGAUGGGUUUUCUUCUAAGGCACAACUUUUUUUUCUUUUUAAUGACGGGAAGUAAUUUUGACCCCAUUGUUUCUUUUUGUAUCCCCAGCUAUUAUUUCAGAAAUUCUCCCCAGAGAUGUUUUUUGACCACUUAUUUAGAAAGAAUCGGCAACUAACACGCGCAAAGAAACCUCCGAUUUGGUCACUGCCUGCACCACUUAAACUGGGUUCAUUUUACAUUUUUUGUGCACAUACAUUAAGCCUCUGACUGAUUAUCUUAACACACAUGCUACAGAUGGUUUUGGGUUUUGCUACAUUGUGGCUCUGAAGUGCAGCGGUGAUGCAAUGUUCUGCAACGGUUUUGUUUUUCUGAUCAUGCUAAGAGGCUACGCGUCAAUUAUUGAUUGAUAAAUAAAAUGGUCAAGGAACUUGCUGUCCAGUCCCUCUGGUCUUCCCAACACGUUGUUAGAGAAGGAAAGGCCUCUUUUGCCAAUCGUGUGUGAUCCUGAGGCCUACGUGCUCCAAUAAAUAUCUCUACUCUAUUCUGUUGUAUGGGAAUCUGCAGAACCUGAGAGCGAAGCAUGUACAGUAUCUGGAAGUUACUGUUUGUUUGUUUUGUUUUUUAACUGUACUACCUUUCCCUGGACACAUUCCUCAUUAUUUGUCAACAAUAUGCCAUAAUUUAGCCAAUAUUUACAAUAUAUUGUCUUACAUGUGCGAGCUGAACUCAAAACCACCUGGAGCUCAAGUCAAGCUUCGUCAACCACGGAUACUUAUUGUAUAUAGUAGAAUAAUGUUAGGUAUUUGAGAAAUUGUAUUGCUAUGAUUAUUUUUGGUUUUGUUUUAUUUACACAACUUCUUGUUUUUUUUUCCUGGGGAAUUCUCAAGACCAAAGAACACACAUAACACAGACAAGUCAUUCUUAAAAUAUUUUAUUUUUGUUUGUGAUGGGCAUCGUGGCUUCAUCUCAUGAGAGCCACGAAAAGCGCUUCACACAUGAUUGGGGCCAUUUUUUUAAAAACAUUUCUUUCACCAACCCUUCCCCAUGCCAACUUAAUAAAUGUUUUACAGAAA